UGAAAAGGGGACAUCGUCAGGUGAGGUCUGAUCAUACUUACCUAGGACAAGAUGGCGGAUGAGUCGAGGGUUAAGGAAAGGGUUCUUAACGUGACCCGGCCAGGAAUUAAGCCGAAAGAAGUGAUUGACUUCUACAAGACAUGGGCCAAGGAAUAUGAUCAGGAUCAUUUCGGAGGCGCCAACUACACCGGACCUUGGAAGGUUGCCGAAGCUGUGGCCGCGUCGCUAGGCAACGAGAGGAACGCCCGCGUUCUGGACGUGGCGGCGGGGACAGGGUUCCUAGGAGUCGAGUUAUCCAAGCUCGGUUUCACCAAUGUGGACGCCUUGGACGCCAGCCAGGAGAUGUUAGACGUCGCCAAGACCAAGAACGUCUACAAGAACUUCAUCAAAGACUUCCUGGGGCCAAACCGUCUUAACAUUAAAGACGACACCUAUGACGUGGUGACUGGCAGCGGGCUGUUCUCUAACGGCCACGUGAAGUCGGACUGUCUGGACGAGCUCAUCAGGGUGGUCAAACCGGGUGGAUUGGUCUGCCUUGCUCUGAGGGAGGUUCUUCUGCGAUCUUCGGAGGACUGCAAAGCCCUAGAACCCCGCAUGGCGGCGCUGCAGAGCGAUGGCUGUUGGGAACAGAUAAAACGCGACGUCUUCUCCGGUUACGUCAUCGGUUUCGACGGCGUCGUGUACCUCUUUAAAGUUCUGUAACUCGAUAUGAGAUAGCCGUCACGUUUGAGGAAUAAAGAAACCAAGAGAACGCGUC